AACCUCUGAAUUCUUAUUGGUUGUUCAAGGUCAUUGUGGUUUUGGGUAUGAUAGUUUAACUUUGCCGACUUUAGUAUCGAACAAAUUCACUGGAUCUAGCAAUCCCAUGCUUUUAUGGUAUGUAAUGGCAAUUAUACCGACGGCCUAAUAAAAUGUUCCUGGGAUAUGCGAACUUCAUCAAACAGCAAAAUUACGUUUGAAAUUGCCGCAACUCUAAUGACAAACUGACCAAUCACAUGGAACACUGUCAGUUAUUUCUCUCACUCGCGGGCAUAGGAAAUUUCGUCCGUCACCUGUAACAUUUUGGUUAACUUGUUGGUUGACGUGCUGCAAGAAUAAUGACAGACGAUAUUGUAUCAUUAAGGUUGGUGUUACUGGCUGCUAAGUCUACUCUACUGACUCAUUUACAAAAUCAUCACGAUUUCCAGCCUGUUCAAUCACAAUUUGAAGAUCUGGUUGUAGAGUUUGAUUAUUUGGAAGACCAAGCCCGGUAUAUAUAUAAGACUGCAAGAUCAACGGUUAUACCUCAAUUAACGUCUGUCAAACUUAGUUCACUCAAUGAUGAAGAGGAUAAAAGGGUAUCAUCAGCUUCAGCGUUUCAUGAAGAAGCCUUUAGUCAACUACAAGAACUACUGGACAUGCAUACAAAUUGUUCAUAUUUGUUAAAGUUGCAUCAAGCUUUAAUUGAUUUAGAAGAUUCAAUCGAUACAUUGAUGUGUGUAUGUUCAAUAGUAGUUGGUGAAAAAGAAAAUUGCAAAAAAAUACUCAAUGUCAAAGAGUUGAAAGGUGAUUGUAUGGCUAACUUAGAGCUUGAAGCAAACUACAGGGAAAUCGAUGAGACAGAAUAUCGUUCGUGUGUCGAUGAUGUAGUUCGUUAUCUGGAACUAGCUGAACAUUUAUUCGCUGAACAAACAAAGUUUAAUAAGGACGCUGUAUCGGUAUUUCAAGGUAUGCUGCAUACACUUAUACGAUGCAAGGAUCGUCUUGCUCAACUUGUCGAUGAGUUAUGGUGUCGAUGGAUUAUUCUAGAGUUGCCGUCAAAACAAAAAGACGUGACGCCAUUUUCUAAUGUCAAUAUACCCUAUCCAUCAAUUCAUGAACAAGUUGACUCGAAUGAUUUUUUCAGUUUUUCAUUCAACGCUUGUCUACCAUCACUAAGUAAUAUGGAAAAAGCACUGAAUAAUCCAAAUUCACUAUUUGAUUCAAUUUUUUAUCGUCUGUCUUCGGAUAAUAAUGACUUGCCGGCGACUAGCCAAUUAUGCGGAAAAUCUUCUGUAUUGGCCAGCCUUAAAAUAUUAGCAAAUCCUGAAUUAAUAUGUCAGUUAUUGCGACUUAUUGAAGCUUUAAAGGAGUCUAAGACUCGUAUUUAUGAAUUAUUCAAUCAAAUAUGGACGUAUAUCUUUAAACCUUGGCUUAAAAAGGUCCCGUGUGUAUCCGGUUCAGAAAUGGGUUGGCCAGAGUUAAAGUGUCAAUUGAUCGGUGAAUCUCUGCAUGAUAAAUUAGGUGUCGACAUAUCAGUGAAUGCUACUUCGAGUAGUAGUAAUAAUCGUAAGAAAACGGCUUCUUCUUCUUCUACUACUACUUCUGCUACUACUGCUGCUACUACUACUACUACUACUGCUACUACUACUACUGCUGCUACUACUACUACUACUACUACUACUACUACUACUGCUACUACUACUACUACUACGGCGGCGUCUAAUAAGAAUGAUGAUGAUAAUAACCAUGGUGGAGGUUUACGUUACUUCAAUCUACUGUUAAUAGCACCAAAUAUUAGUAGCAGUACUGCUGCUGCUACUACUACUACUACUACUACUAAUACUAGUAUAAGUAGUGAAUGUAGUACCGAAGGAGUCAAAAAUGACAGUCAUCAUCAUAGUCAUUCUAGUCAUAAGAGUACUGAUACUGUAGAAAAAACACAUAGAGUCAGUGAAGCACAAGGAGCAGCAGCUGGCGGAGAAGAAGGAGGAAGUGAAGAAGCCGCUGCUAAGCAUUUGAUCAACAGGUCAUGUAAACAAUUAUCACUUGCAUUCAACGAUUUAUAUAAGUAUUUCUUUGGUUUGAAAUUUAUUCCGUCAUCCAAUAGGAAUAAUAAUAAAAUUGUUAAAGAUAAUAAAAAUACCGGUGGAGUCGUCGAUGUCAACGCUGAUGUUGGUAAUGGGGAUGAAGAUGCGGCUGGGAAUAGGAAUGAAGAGGAUACAGGUAAACGUGUCAUUGACUUACUCAUCAAUAACACCAUGGAUAAUAAUAAUAAUAAUGUCGAAAAUAGUCAAUCAAGUUUAUUUAGUCAUGAAUUAGUCAAUGAAUUAAUUAAUGGACGUUUUAAUGCUGAUGUAUUCUUUACAGCAGAUGAUGAUGAUGAUGAUGAUGAUGAUGAUGAUGAUGAUGAUGAUGAUGGUGAUGAUGCUAAAUCAUUGUCAGCAUCAAUUACCGCUUCUGUUAGACAAUUGAUUCAUGUUGGAAUAAGUACAGGAUUUCUGUCAACAGAGAGGUUUUCAUUGAAUAGUGAACAAUUUGUGUCAAGUUCUAGCAGUAGUGGAGAAACAAAAUUAAGUGUUUGGGUUAAUAAUCUCUCCUUGUUGAAGCAUAAACGUAAAGCAAGUUGUAUACUGGAACAGCUGCGUCAUUUGUUAGCAGAUCGUAAACUCUUUUAUUCAAUGUGUUCAGCGAAUGAAAGUGUAAAAUGUGAGAAGACUAUGAAGAGCGAGGAGAAAGAGGAAGAGGAGGCGAAUCCUUCAGAUACUGGUGACAACGACGAUGAUGAUAAUGAUGAUGAAGGUAUCUUUGAAGAGGAAGAAUUCAUUCUCAGUGAUGAUAGUGACGAUGUUGGUGAUAAUAAUGGCAAUGAUAAUGAUGACGAUAAUAAUAAUAAUAAUGGUCCACUGAAAUCGCUAUCAUCAAAAGUGGAUUCGAAUAAGGCGAGUAAAUAUGAGCAUAUUGUCUCUAGACUAUUGAAAUCCAAAUGUAAUCUACGUGAUAUCUCAAAACAUUUUGAUCUUGGACAAUUUGAUUUUCCUGAUUGUAUGGUGUCGGAAACUGUCCUCCUCAUGAUGAAACAAGUCAAUGAUAUUCUCAAUAAUUGUAAUGUCUACCUUGCAGCAUUAGUGAAUGAAGUGAAUCAAUCGACAGGAAAUCAUCAGUUAUCGGAUUUAAAUAUGAAGAAAACUAACACAAUAGCUUUUAUUGAAUUUAUAAUUAAAUUAAUUCCUCGCAUGUUUAUGCUAUUCACCUCACUGAUACCUACUUUACACGCAGAUGUUGCACAGACGGAUUUACAUUUUGCUGUUCUAUACUACAAUGAUUGUAUGUAUUUAGCUCAUGAAUGUCUAACCUUGAGUGAACGUGGCCUGUACAAAUUUAUUCAAGAAUUUUUCGAUUUAGACUGUGAAGCAAUAACCAGUGCUAAUGAUAUUGUUUAUGAUGAAAAUAUCCUCGAAAGAUCAGCUGCAAUGAGUACUUGUAUUCUGGUACCACAUUUACGUCAAUCUGGUGUCAAUAGCCUAUUGUAUCAUUUAAGACGUGAACGACAACAUCUUCUACAAUGCAUUGAAAGAAUACAAGGAUUUCAUGAUGUCAGUUCAUCACUCGGUUAUAAACGGUGUACUACCUCUAUAAAGGAUUGUUGUCGUCAUUUGCUUAAAAUUGCUGAUGUUCUCGUUUCCCUACCACAUACAAUUUAUUAUCGUGCAUUAGGUAUCCUGUGUAAUUGUGUUUGUACAGAAUUAGUCAAGUGUAUACUGAAUUUAAUUGAUAUUACAAAAUCUGAUUGUGAUAAUAUACUGAUCUUACUGGAUCCAAUCAGCAGCACUGUCCGAGAAUUGUUUGUGUCAGGUAACGAAAAAACUCAUCUGACUGUAGAAGCUUCAAUGAAUAAAUCAUCACAACAGAACUCCAACACAGCACGACUUCAUCGACGUUGUCCAGAAUAUCAACGUCUACAAGGCGUUAUCAGUGUUCUGUCAGCUUCAUCAAUGGCUAUAAUCCGUGAUGUCUUAUGGAUGGAUGGAAAAGGACCAUUGUCCACGGAGUCACGUAUCACACCGUCAGAGUUACGUUGUCUAAUUAAAGCAUUGUAUAGCAGUUCUUCAAUACGUGAUCAAAUGCUGCAAAAGUUACAUGGAUAAGAAAGAGAAGAAAAGAUUGAAAAAAAACGAAACACAUAUCGAUCCAGUUUGACUGAUAGGUUGACGGUCUUACUAUUUUGUUAUAUUUUUCCAGAAAAUUCUAUUUUUUGCCUCUGUGUGUGUGUGUGUGUGUGUGUGUGUGUGUGUGUGUGGAGAUUAUGAAUACCUAUAUUGGUAUUUGCGUUAAUUCUGUUAAUAGUAAUUAUAAUAAUCGCUUUUUGUUGUUAUUGUUGUUGCGAAUUAGUUUUCUGUCGUAAAUUGCGGGUGAUUAUGAUCCAACAUGUCCUGGGUUCGAGUCCCAUUCUGUAUAUCUCAGUCUGGGUAACUGAUUAGUAGUGUCUGUCAGGGCUUCCAUAUUAUUUUCAAAAGAAUAGUUACUGAG